ACACCGAACGACGCCCUCCAAGACGAGCGCCUCGCUUGCAUCUCGCUCGCCCCCCACCCCUUCCCCUCUCCGGCUACACGGCCUUCCCUCCCGCAAGAGCCGCACGGACGGUAUGCUGCUGUGCUGGUCGUUCUCUCCUGGCGGCGCCUUCACGAACUCCCCAGGCAAUUAACCCUUCCUCAUCCUUCCAAUCUCUGAUGCCCAAUUGGAUUGAAUCGUAGGCUACGAAGGGGUCUUCUCUCCUGAUUUUUUUUUAUCUAUUUGGGCAGUAGAGAUAUCUUGAUGAUUUUUAUAUUGCACAAUGCAAUGCUGUCCUCCGAUACAAUCUUCACGUAAUAGCAUACAAUCUAUUAUUUAAAUUAAAUCUUAUUUAAUGUUUCAUACGUUACUACAUAUAUGUGGGAUAAAUUAAAAUGUCUAACGACGUACAUGCACCACUCGUACCAUCACAUUCAAACAACCAAACGAAAAUCAUGUAUGAUCAUGUACAGUCAAUCAAACACUUAACAUAUACCAUGCCAUUCAGGAUUAUUCCAUAAAUGACCUAUCCCAUUCAACCUCAUCCAACCAACCAAACACUACCUAAGUUGUGAAGUGCCGAGAGGUGACAUCGAUAAUUGAUGAUUCCAGUUAUCAACAUCAACAACAUCAAGAUCCCGACACUCGUGAUGAAUUAUCCACAAGCUUGUGCUGUAGCGACUAGAGCCAGUAGCACCCUGUAGCAGAUGUCACUUUGAGGUUCCUUCGGUUCCUUUGCUGAGGUUGCUUUGCUGGGCAAUGCUUGCUUUGCCUAGCUGAGCAAGGUUAGGCAAGAAAUAGCUAAGUUGUUUGGUUAUUUUGUCUAGUGAGCAAGCUUGCCUGAGUGCUCUUACCGAAGCAGUAACAUGUACAGACUUUUGCAACAUAUACUGCUUUUACCCACACCAGCAUUACAUGUACCUCAAAUAAAAUAAUAAAGCAACAGCUAUUGUGUCCCACUAACCAGCGGUACAUGCAAGUAGCUGCUAGCACUUAAUGCUGUUCUUUGAUCAAAGCACACUUACAUUGAUGCUGGUGCUUUCCUUGCCCACGCCGGAGAGCAAAAUUGGCUCGCCUAGCUCAGCAAGCUUUUCCUUGCUCGGACAAGCAAGCUUGCCCAGCAAAGCAACUUUCUAGAGCAGGCACCAAAUGCAUAUCCUUGCCCAGCAAGGUCAGGCUAGGCUGGGCAAAGGAUCCAAAUGUCUCGUCUCCACCAUGGCACUAUACGUUACCACUAGGGACACGUGACCGAACAAAACCAGCCAUCACUGUCACGCGCCACCUGCUUUACCACAAACCGGCCGCCUUUGUGGAGGAACAUCACCUCCGGAUCAUCUGCGACUGCGAACACUCGUCCCUGAAUCCCAGGCGUCACCGGCGGUCGGCGCAACUCCAGGCGGCCGGAUACCGGGACCGGUGACGAUGAGCUCCGACGACGCGCCACGGCGGCCGCACGCCGUGCUCAUCCCGCAGCCGGCGCAGGGCCACGUCACGCCGAUGCUGCACCUCGCCAAGGCGCUGCACGCCAAGGGGUUCCACAUCACCUACGUCAACUCCGAGUACAACCACCGCCGCCUGCUCCGGUCCCGCGGGCCGGACUCCCUCGCCGGCGCCGACGGCUUCUGCUUCGAGGCCGUGCCGGACGGCCUGCCGCCGUCCGACAACGACGACGUCACGCAGGACAUCGCGGCGCUCUGCCUCUCCACCACCGAGCACAGCGCCGCGCCCUUCAGGGACCUGCUGGCGAGGCUGAACGCCAGGCCAGGGAGCCGAGCGCCAGCGGUCAGCUGCGUCAUAGCCGACGGCGUGAUGAGCUUCGCGCAGAGGGUCGCCGAGGAGAUGGGCAUCCUGGCCUUGGUCUUCUGGACAACGAGCGCGUGCGGCUUCAUGGGGUACCUCCACUUCGCCGAACUCAUCAGGCGAGGCUACGUGCCACUGAAAGACGAAAGUGACCUGACAAACGGGUACCUGGACACCGCGAUCGACUGGAUCCCCGGCAUGCCGGGCAUGCGCCUGAAGGACAUCCCCAGCUUCAUCAGGACGACGGACCGGGACGACGUGAUGCUCAACUUCGACGGCGGCGAGGCGCAGAACGCGCGCAAGGCCCGCGGGGUCAUCCUCAACACCUACGACGCGCUGGAGCAGGGCGUGGUGGACGCGCUGCGCCGCGAGUUCCCGCGCGUGUACACCGUCGGCCCGCUCGCCGCGUUCGCGAACGCCGCGCGGGGAGGCGAGCUGGACGCCAUCGGCGGGAACCUCUGGAAGGAGGACACGAGCUGCCUCCGGUGGCUCGACACCCAGCGGCCGGGUUCCGUCGUGUACGUCAACUUCGGCAGCAUCACGGUUAUGACCCCCGCUCAGCUCACGGAGUUCGCUUGGGGCCUGGCGGGCUGCGGCAGGCCGUUCCUGUGGAUCAUCAGGCCGGACCUCGUCUCCGGCGAGAACGCCAUGCUGCCGGAGGAGUUCGUCACGGACACCAAGGAAGGGGGUGUUCUUGCGAGCUGGUGUCCGCAGGAGCUGGUCCUCUCGCACCCGUCCGUCGGGCUGUUCCUGACGCACUGCGGCUGGAACUCGACGCUGGAGAGCAUAUGCUCUGGUGUACCGAUGCUCUGCUGGCCCUUCUUCGCCGAGCAGCCGACGAACUGCAGGUACGUGUGCGCCAAGUGGGGGAUCGGGAUGGAGAUCGACAGCGACGUGAGGAGGGAGGAGGUGGCGCGGCUCGUGCGAGAGGCCAUGGACGACGAGAGCGGCAAGGCGAGGAGGGUGAAGGCGAUGGUGUGGAAGGAGAAAGCCAAGGAAGCCGUGGAGGAAGGCGGAUCCUCGAGGAAGAACUUGGACCGCCUCGUUGAAUUUUUGCUCGCAGGAAAUGAUGAUUUCCAAGCUGAAUCUGCUUAAACAUGAGCUGUGGUGAUCUUCCAAUUAUCCUAAUCUUUCUCCUGGGAAUUGACUCCUUUUGUUCGAAGUGAAAGAUUUCAUGUCUCGACUCAA